GAUCUUUUUAGUUUCAGUAUAAAAACCUUCGAUCUGUUGGUCCAUAUCAUCAGUUGUUUGACUUCUAUCAAUUGAAGUAGUCUAAAAUUACUCUGUUCAUUUUUAAACCUCCAAUAAACAAACAUAAAAUGGUUUCUAAAUUUUUUAUAUGUCUAGCUGUACUUGCCUUUGCUGCCGUUGCCUUCGCUUCAGAAAAUGAACGUGUAAAGAAAGCCGUAAUUAUUGGGGGACCAGUUGAUGCUACUGCCUAUCCAGGUGCCCUCGGAUAUGCUCACGGUUACGCCACUCCAUACAGCCAUGCUUACAACGCGUACCCGUAUGGUCUUGCCCGUGGAUACGCUACCCCCUACAACUAUGCUUACAACUCCCUUCCAUAUAGCCAUGCUGCAUACAAUGCUCAUGCUUACGGAUACAGCCACCCAUGGGCUUCAUACGGCAAAACAGCUUACAACUACAACGGAUACCACCCCUACAGCAGCUGGAACGGACUACACCACGGACUCUACAACAACUAUUACGGAUCGGCUUAUCCAUAUUCUUAUUGAACAACAUGAACCCUUAAUUUCGAUAUCCUGUUAAAUACCAUAAUCAAACUAAUUGAUGAAACUUUAUUACAUUUUUAACUGAGUAUAUAUUAGCAAUAUGUGCAACAGAAAAAGUGUUAUUGUUUUUUUUUUAAUAAAAUAAUAAUUGAUUUAAA